AUGGUGCAGAUGAUGGGCUCCUCGCUAGAGGCGGGGCUGGGCGACAUCUUCAAAGAACCCGAUGAGAGGAUUCUCAAGGCCGUCGAGAAGGCGGGGAACAGGGCUGUGCCCUCGGACGUGGCCGCUCUGGCCGGCGUGGACCUGAACGUGGCCAAGAGGGGGCUGGUGAACCUCGCCAACAUCGUAGGCGGAGACCUUGAGGUGUCCAAGGACGGAGACGUGGUGUACAACUUCCCCUCCAACUUCCGGGCCUCCCUGCUCUCCAAGUCUGCGUACCGCCGCGGCGUGGAGGCGGUCCGAGCCGCGUGGCCCGUCAUCUUCUACGGCAUCCGGGUGUCGUUCGGGGUGGUGCUGCUGGCCUCCAUCGCCCUGAUCUUCAGCACGAUCUUCUUCGCGGCCACCUACGCGAACUCUAGCAGCGACGACAACCGCGACCGGAGACGCGGCGGAGGCGGCUUUGACGGUGGCUACGGCGGGAGGGGCAUCGGAUUCAACACGUACUUCGGCCCUUCCCCGUUCGACUUCUUCUACUACCGGCCGUACUACGGAUACUACGGGACCCCGGUGGGGCGGGGAGGGCAGAGGGGGGACCCCGAAGAAAUGGGGAUUCUGGAAUCCAUCUUCUCGUUUAUUUUCGGGGACGGUGACCCUAACGCGGACAUGGACCAGCGGAGGGUGGAGGCUGCGGCGACGCUCAUCCGUGGCAACGGGGGAGCGGUGUCCGCCGAGCAGCUGGCGCCCCUCCUUACCCCGGAGGCCCUUCGUUCGUCGGACAGCAGCGUCGUGGACGAGUCUUUCGUGCUGCCGAUACUGACCGCGUUAGACGGGGCCCCGGAGGUUACGGCGGACGGGGACAUCGUCUACGUCUUCCCCUCCCUGCAAACGUCGGCAAUGGGCACCGGCACGGCCGCGACUCAGAUCGGGAGCAAGGAGAGCGCGAGACUGGCCGGCCUGAAGUCGCUGUCCACUGCCGACCUCCGGGUUGCUCUGGAGGCGGUGGGAGUGCGGGCUAUGUCCAUGUUUGAGCGGUCGGAGCUGAUCGAUGCGGCCAUGGCGGCCGGCAUCGCCAAGCUGGACAACGGGAACAUCGUCCUGGAGCCCCGCACGAGCCGGGGUUCGUCAUCGUCAUCUGGGGGCGGCCGGGGGGUUGUUAUCCCAGAGCCCCUCAUGGAAGAGACGAAGCCGUUCAGCGUGGCGGCGGGGUGGAAGAAGUUCGCGGCGGGUGUUCUCGGCGCCGUGAACCUCGGGGGAGCGUUGUACCUCCGGCAGCUGCUGUCCGGACCGGCCUUCGCCGGGGUGACUUUGCCGGGGUACUACGGCUUCGUGCAGGGGGCCCUGCCGUUCCUGCUCACGUACGCGGUGGCGCUGAACGUGAUCCCGGCGGUGCGGUUUGUGCUCAACAAGAGGGAGAACGCCAAGAUAGAGGGCCGGAAUUUCCUGAGGAGGAAGUGGGCGGAGGCCGGCAGGAGCGGGGGCGCCGUGGUUUCGCGCAAGCUAAAGGCCGCCAAGACGAUGACCACCGACAUGAAGGUCAUCAAGCCCGAGGACGUGGAGUACACGACGGCCAAGACCCUGGCGGACCAGGGCAUCAACCAGGACGACGACCUGCUCGAUGACUUCGACGCCCGCUUGAAGUCCUCAAAGAAGGAGUAGAACAUAGAUAGAAGCAAGUAUUCUGACGUUGUUCCAAGCCUCUCUAGUUCGUGCCGCAGUUUGUUGGGGGAGAAUUCUACGCCCGCUUGUCCUCAAAUAAAGAGUAGACCGUAGAAGCAAGUCUUGAUGUUGUUCCAAGCCUAUCUCGUUCGUGGUAACUACAGCGCCAGCUUGAAGUCCUCAAAAAAAAAAGAGUAGGUACCUGCAGAGCGUAGAAGCGAGUCUUGAUUUUUUUCCAAGCAAUGGUAGCCACGUCUCUCAUUAAUGCCAUAAAGAGAGAGAGAGAGAGAGAGUGAGAGAGAGAGGAGAGGCAAUGCGCACUAACUACCGCCAACAUUGUUGGGCUGGUUUGAGUAAAACGUGGGCCUAGAUGGCCUCCUCAUAUUUGUCUGCUUGGUUCUGCUCUCUUUCUCUUUCUUUUGUUUUCCCCGCUAUGAACGGCGUUGUCGAUAUGGCUCCUGUCUUUUGCUUCCCCCCAUGAGACAACCCCUACGGUGUUGCGUUUCCUUGGAGGCGAUGAAGGAUGAAGGUGCGUGUGCUUGUUUGUUGGUGUGGUUGUGUGAUGCGGCGAGAGCGAGAAAGGGUUGAAUGACGUUGUUUGUUCGUGGAUAUUGUGUGUGGUUGGCACGAUAAUCGUUGUGCGAAGAGCGAGGGGCGCCUGCCGAAUCCAGCUGGCACGGAUGGAUAGGCGGCGUCUGUAUAUGUUUAUUGUCGAAAGCGGACAACAUCCUUGGCAAGCGGUAGCUUCGUGUAUCGAUGGGCGAAUCAAUGAAGAAGCCGUUAUCGAUCGGGCAGCCUGUACGUGCGUGUAUAUAUACGGCGGGCGUGGGUAUUGUCUCAAUCGAUGGAAAACAAGAACGAAAGUCGAAGCCCGAAGCAAGAAAGCUCGAAACAGGUCAGGCAGGCGGGGGAAAAUUGUAGGUCAAAGCCGACCAAUCGGCCCGCGCCCCUCUCCUCCAUGCCGCCCAAUCUCCGUCUCUUGAACCACCUGGUCGUCGGGGUAUUA